CUUUCUCUGGAGUCUUGCAUUCUAUUUCUCUCAUCAGAGACAACCCUCUCUCUCUCUCUCUCGCUCGCUGUGUCUAAGAAGAUCAAAGACUCUCUCUCUCUCUCUCUCUAUAAACCUGUCAUCUCUCUCUGUCUGCUGUCUGUACUAUGCAGUCUGUAGGGUAGAUUCAGGUUGGCCCUGUUAAAGAGAUUUUCUUUUACAGAGACGUACUUCUGGUGGAUCAGACAAAUUUUAUGUUGAGAAGAAUUAACAGCAGUUCCUUGAGCUCUGUUCGACUGAUUAUUCGGUUUUUAUGCAUUUUCUUAUGAAAUGGCAUAUCGAGGGAGACCAAUAUUUGAUCUAAAUGAACCACCGAGUGGAGAUGAAGAUAAUGAUGGCAUCGUCUGUUCACUGCCACAAAAAGCUCUCCCGUUGACAAAUCACCAUCAUUCCAAUAUUUUAGCAGCAUCAGCGCCUUUGCAAGGAAUAGUGAACAAUAACGCUUUUUCACAUGCAUCAUCUGUUUCUGGGUUUCAACCUUUUGUCCGCAAUAAAGCAAAUAGCUCUGAAUUUAGUGAGGCUGAGCAGAAGAGGAUAGCAGAAUCAAGUCAGAAGGUUGGCUCAUCACUUAAGACCAGUGAAGAGAAGGAGGUCAAACUAUCUGUGCCAAUCAUUUCUGGUGUGGCCGGUGAUAUGGUUGAAAGAGAAGAAGGUGAAUGGUCUGAUGGUGAAGGCUCUGCUAGUGCACAGGGACUUAAUUGUUUGCAUGGAGAUGGUAAAGUUUCGGGCAGGCAAGAAAUCACUGGAAAGAUGGAGGACGCUUCUUGCAAUGGUAAAAUCUCCAACAGUGCUAGGGAAAAUAUUAUUAACAACGCAUCUGUAGGACUAGUUUUUAAACCUAAUGAUCUGGAGAGCAACAAUGACCGGAAUUUAGAGGGUGUUGCAAAGGAAGAUUCAUCUGCUAUUGUACAGGAAGAACCAAAUUCAGUUCCAAAGCAAAAAGAAGUAAAAGGCAUUGAGGCAAGCUAUGCACUGAAAUGUGCUAAUAAUCAGGGAAAGAGGAAGAUUGACCAGCACAAAGAAGCAAUGCUUGGAAAGAAAAGGAACAGGCAGACUAAGUUUCUUAAUAUAGAAGACGUGAAGCAGGCAGCCUCAAUGAAGGUGUCAACUCCAAGAAGACAAAGUUCAUCAUCAACUACCACCCGUUCUGCAAGAGAAGUGCGUACUGGCCCUACUCCUGUUGAACGUCUUGGUGAAAAGCCGAAUCAACUCGCCUUCAAAGAUCAGAAACGAGUAGAUGUAUCAUCUAGUGAACCUGGCCCUUCUUUAGAAAAUACUGAUUCUAGGCCUGAUUGUAAUGGUGACUCAGAUGCUGGGCUACUGGGAAAGCCCAAGAGGCAGUGCAAUGAUGUUGAUCUUCCUUCAGGGGUGUCAUUGGCACCCAUUCCGAGGCAAAGUUCAUGGAAGCAGCCUGUGGACGUGAAGUUGCCAAAAAAUUCUCAAGUGUCUAAUAAAAAGCCAGCCUUGAUAAGCCAAGGCUCCUUGGAUCAUAAAUUGGGGAGCAAGAAGCAUCUCCCUCUCAAGAAGCAAACUGCAAUUAGCACCUCCUAUCAAGAUACAUCGGUUGAGCGUCUCAUACGGGAGGUGACUAAUGAAAGAUUUUGGCAUCAUCCUGGGGAGACUGAGUUGCAAUGUGUUCCUGGUCGUUUUGAGUCCGUAGAAGAGUAUGUCAGAGUAUUUGAGCCUUUACUUUUUGAAGAGUGCCGUGCACAGCUCUACAGCACAUGGGAGGAGUUAACUGAAACAGUUUCUAAAGAUACACAUGUAUUGGUUCGUGUGCGAAAUAUUGAAAGGCGUGAAAGAGGAUGGUACGAUGUAGUGGUCCUUCCUUUUCCUAAUACUGAAUGCAAGUGGUCCUUCAAGGAGGGUGACGUGGCAGUUCUUUCAACCCCGAGGCCCGGGUCAUUCAGAUCCAAGAAGAAUAACUCUUCGAUGGAAAAUGACGAUGAGCAUGAGUUAAGUGGCAGGGUGGCUGGUACUGUCAGGCGAUUCAUUCCAUUUGAUACUCGUGAACCUCCUGGUGCCAUUCUUCAUUUCUAUGUUGGAGACUUGUACGAUUCAAAUGGGGAGGGCAACGACGAUCACAUUUUGAGGAAGCUUCAGGCCAAAGGUGCCUGGUACUUAACUGUUCUCGGUUCUCUUGCUACAACUCAGCGGGAGUACGUCGCGUUGCAUGCAUUUCGUCGUCUAAAUAUGCAGAUGCAAGCAUCGAUUCUGCAGCCUAGUCCUGACCAAUUCCCAAACAAUGAGCAGCAGACCCCCACGAUGCCUGAUUGCUUCACGCAGAAAUUUGUGGAGCACCUAAAUAGGACCUUCAAUGGGCCCCAGCUUGCAGCAAUUCAAUGGGCUGCAAUGCACACAGCUGCUGGCACCAACAGUGGGACGACAAAGCGACAAGAGCCUUGGCCUUUCACUCUUGUUCAGGGACCUCCAGGUACAGGCAAGACCCAUACAGUCUGGGGAAUGUUAAAUGUGAUCCACUUGGUCCAGUACCAGCAUUAUUAUAAUUCUCUGCUUAAGAGUCUUGCACCCGAAAGCUACAAGCAAGCUAAUGAAGGCAGUUCUGAUAACGUUCCAACCGGGUCUAUUGAUGAAGUCCUUCAGAGCAUGGACCAGAGCCUGUUUCGCACUCUUCCAAAACUCUGCCCCAAGCCAAGGAUGUUAGUAUGCGCUCCUUCUAAUGCUGCAACUGAUGAGCUCCUGGCACGUGUCCUUGAUCGUGGGUUUAUUGAUGGUGAGAUGAGAAUAUAUAAGCCCGAUGUGGCCCGAGUUGGAGUUGACUCACAGUCAAGAGCUGCUCAGGCUGUCUCUGUGGAAAGGAGGACUGAGCAACUUCUCGCUAUGAGUAAAGAGGAAGCGAUUGCUUGGCUGCAUAAGUUGAGGAACAGCGAGGCACAGUUCUCACAUGAGAUUGCUGAAGUCCAAAUGAAGCUCAAUAAUGCAGCUGCCGCUAUUCGGUCUCAGGGAUCUGUUGGGGUGGACCCCGAUGUUCUCAUGGCCCGUGACCAGGCCCGAGAUGCACUGCUCAAGCAGCUCGCACAGGCAGUCGAGAAUAGAGACAAAGUAUUAGUUGAGUUGUCCCGGAUUCUGAUUGCAGAAGCGAGGUUUAGAGCUGGGAACAACUUUAAUCUAGAGGAAGCCCGAGCGAGUCUUGAGGCGAGCUAUGCAAAUGAAGCUGAGAUCGUCUUCACCACAGUCUCAAGCAGUGGGAGGAAGCUGUUCUCUCGGCUCACACAUGGCUUUGACAUGGUGGUGAUAGAUGAGGCGGCCCAAGCCAGUGAGGUAGCAGUUCUUCCUCCACUUUCUCUUGGAGCUGCGAGGUGUGUACUUGUUGGAGACCCUCAGCAGCUUCCCGCGACUGUUAUAAGCAAAGCAGCGGGGACCUUGUUAUACAGCAGGAGCCUCUUUGAGAGAUUUCAACAGGCAGGUUGUCCGACUAUGCUCUUAUCAGUGCAGUACAGGAUGCAUCCUCAGAUUCGGGACUUUCCUUCCAGGUACUUCUACCAAGGGCGCCUCACUGACAGUGAGAACAUAGCUAAAUUACCUGAUGAAGCAUACUAUAAGGAUCCUUUGCUCAGGCCCUACUUGUUCUAUGAUGUAAUGCAUGGGCGUGAGUCCCACCGGGGCGGUUCAGUGUCAUAUCAGAAUAUGCACGAGGCACAUAUUUGUCUUCGCUUGUAUGAGCAUCUCCAAAAGACUCUGAAAUCUUUAGGGGUGGGGAAGGUGUCUGUUGGUAUAAUUACGCCGUAUAAGCUGCAAUUGAAAUGCCUUCAACACGAGUUUGAAGAGGUUUUGAAUUCAGAGGAAGGGAAGGACAUCUAUAUUAACACGGUGGAUGCUUUCCAGGGCCAGGAACGUGAUGUGAUCAUAAUGUCGUGUGUCCGGGCCUCAGGCCAUGGAGUUGGAUUUGUUGCAGAUAUCCGAAGGAUGAAUGUUGCUCUUACUCGCGCAAGGAGAUCUUGCUGGAUUCUGGGGAAUGCCAAUGCCCUUGGUCAGUCUGAUGACUGGGCUGCACUAAUUGCUGAUGCUAAAGAAAGAAAUUGUUACAUGGAUAUGGAUUCAGUACCCAAGGACUUUUUGGUAUCAAAGGGACCUGCUUACACUCCGUUACCAGGCAAGUCUUCCUUUAAUGCGAGGGGAGUUAGAUCAUCUGGAUUGAGGCACAGAUUGACGGACUUGCACCAAGAGUCUAGAUCAGGAUUGGCAUCCGAAGAAGAUGAGAAUAAGUCGGGAUCUCUGGUUAUCCCCAGGAAUGGGAACUUCCGCUCUCCAAAAUUCCCAAUGGAUAGUUCAUUAAAUGAUAUGAAUCAAGCAGGUGAUAGAUCGAGGGAUGCCUGGAACCAUGGCAUACCCAAGAAGCAGAGCUAUUUGGGUCCUGUGGGGAAACGGGAUUACUAACUUCAUCAUAUGCUCUCUCCGCAGUUCCAACUUUGUCCCCGUGAUGCUUGAUAGUGGAAGAUCUUUUUCCUCAAGCAAGAAAUAGCCAUCCACAAAGAUCUGCACAGCCUCAGGGUCUGUGGCUGUGGCUUCUCAUGUUUCACAGGUUGAAUGAGUUGAUGUUAAUUGGGAAAUUGCAGUCCCUUGGCAAGUUGGACCUGGGAAUUCCGUGGUCUUGAGGCACUCAGCUUGGGCAUGGAAAUUGUCCCUCGAAAUCAGGCGUCAAUUUUAUUGAAGUUGAUGACAUCAGCAGCAAGGUCUGCUGGGAUUUUGGGUGGGUGGGUGGUGGCGGCUGGUGGAGGAGAUCGAUCACGCACGAGUUCUCGAUAAAAAUAUCUACUAGUUCAGAGGCUCUAAAGGUAACUUGUCUCCUAUGCUUGUUAUGUCAUAAUCUAAUACAAAUGAUGGGUCUUAUACAUGCAUGAACUUGGGAACUGAUAGCGGUGGAAUUUGAAUUCAAUAGAGCAUAUGUGGCAUGUGAGCCGAAAUGUCCUGCUAAGGAGCAGUUGUCAUGGUAAUGGCUUUGACUUUGGCUUGAGCGUCAGACUGUAGGGCGAGAGCUUUUCUUUGAUGGCCUCGUCUUGACGUUUAUUGCCCGAUUAACUGAAAGAAGCAGAACCUCUGCAGUUUUUUUGGGGAGGAAGUGAAUGGCCUACAAUUGAUUGUCAGGGACAUGGAGGUGUUGAAAGGAGAAAUAGGGAUUUGUAUAGAAUCCACCUUUUUUGGGCCAAUUGAUUUUUGUAAAUUCCUUUAUUGACGUGGACUUUCAUUAUUUCUAUGUAACCAACACCCACCCAAGUACUACUAGUUUCAUUGCAUAUCAUUGAGUGAUAUCAAAGUAUUAUUUAAAAAAAAAGAAGGUGAGAUCUUUCGUGUUCUCGCCGCAA